GUCAGUGAAGGCAGCAUGUGCCGGGUUCAAAGCCCCUCAUGGAGGCUGCUCUGCCUCCUGCUGCUUAGCAACACACCGGGAUCAUAAUACAGGAGGCUGACAUCUGAACGACGCUGCUCUUUGUCAGAGAACACAAGAAGCUCCCGGCACCGGAAGGUAAAGUGUGUUGAAGGGUCGCCUCGGAACCGUAUGUUCGCUGAGAGAAGUUUGACAGGCGAACGUCAGGUGGAGCUCAGCAGCCAGCACCAGUGUUUAGCAUUAGCGGCUAAGUCAGCAGCAGCAGCUGGUGGGAGCCACAUUACAUCGUUGUUAGCUAGUAUUAGCUCUUUAGCCUGAGAUGUCAACCGGUGUCUCGCUAACUGUGGGCAUAUCACGGUUCUGAAUGACCUGCUCUUACCCUCCCCCAAGUUAGCAUUUUAAGCUAGAAAUGCGGACCACAUCGUCUCAGAUCAACGUUAGCCGGCCGGAGUUGGAUUGUAGCACUCUUGUGGUGCCGCCGUGCCCCGUCCAGCAUCUCGCACGAUGAGCGACCAUUAUGUCAAAGUCAAGGUUCAGCUCGAGCAGAUGAAAACACUGGGCGAGGACGCUGGGAGACAGGAGGGGGACGCCGAGGAGCAGCUGCCGGCGUCCUCCCCCGCUGCAUCCGUCUCCCCGGACCCCUCCAGCAUCAUCAGCACCUCCAUCGGCUCCAAACCCAGAGGCAAAGGUCGCACCAAGCAGGGGAAAGAUGUCAAGAACACCAGCCAACACGCCCCAGAUGUGUCCUCGCAUGGGUCUGUCGUCUCUGCUCAUGUGGGGAAAAACUCGAACAGGCUGGAGCAUGAUCCGAGCCUUCACAUCAAGGGAACUGGGAAGAUACUGCAGGGCAAGUCAGAGACUAAUGGGAACUGUGUGACCAACCAUGCUUCCAAGAACAUCCAAGAGACACGCCGUGAGGAUGGAUUCAAGCUGGCAAGGAGGAGAAGACCAGUGACCGUGGAUACGUCGAAAGCCAAAACCUCUUUGGAGGCACUGAAGAUCAGCAUCAAGCAGUUAAAGUGGAAAGAGUUUCCCUUGGGAAGACGGGCGGCCUGUGAUAUCUACUGGCACGGCGUCUCCUUCCACGAAAAUGAAAAUAUUGUCUCAGGGCAGGUGAACAAGUUUCCAGGGAUGAUUGAAAUGCUGAGGAAGAUCAACCUGAGUCGGGCUAUGAGGACGGUGCAGGAGCUCUUCCCAGAUGAGUACGAUUUCUAUCCCCGUUCCUGGAUCCUACCUGAGGAGUACCAGCAGUUCUGCACACAGAUUCGCAUGGUGAAGGAGAACGAUGCCACAGUGAAUCCAACCUUCAUUGUAAAGCCAGAUGGGGGUUCUCAGGGGGACGGCAUCUACCUCAUCCGUGAGCCCAGUGACUUAAAGCUCAUGGUAGGUUCACAGGCCAAACAGGGCGUGGUCCAGGAGUACAUCCAGAAGCCGCUACUCAUCGACAAGCUCAAGUUUGAUAUCCGCCUCUAUGUGCUGAUCAAGUCUCUGGAGCCAUUGGAGAUCUACAUUGCCAAGGAAGGCCUCACACGUUUUUGCACCGAGCCCUACCAGGAACCAAGCCAGAAGAACCUGAGCCAUGUCUUCAUGCACCUGACAAACUACUCCCUCAACGUCCACAGUGGAAACUUUGUCCACUCAGACAGCCAGAGCACCGGCAGCAAGCGGACUCUCUCCAGCGUCCUCUACAGGCUUGCAGCCAAAGGCGUAGACAUCAAGAAGGUGUGGUCGGACAUCAUCGCUCUCGUCAUCAAAACCAUCAUCGCCGUGGUGCCUGAACUUAAAGUUUAUUAUCAGGCUGAUAUACCACCGGGAAAACCAGGACCCACGUGCUUCCAGAUUUUAGGUUUUGACAUCCUGCUGAUGAAGAACCUGAAGCCAGUUUUAUUAGAGGUCAACUCCAACCCCAGUAUGAGGAUCGAACAUGAAAAAGAGGUGUCAUCAGGAGUGUUUGAAUAUGUUCCCAGUCCUGUGGAUGAAGAGGUCAAAGUGGGUGUGAUCAGGGACACUCUGCGCCUUAUGGAUCCUGGCCAUAAGAAACCAUCAGGCAAAAGUUCCCAACCGAGGGCUGGAGGGUUCGAACACAAGGAGGAGAUCCCCUUGGAGGCGGAGACGCAAGACAAGAGCUCGGACGAGGGAGCGCUGCCCUCGCUGUGUCUGAAGCAGGUCUACCCCAAGUACACCAAACAGUUCAACUACCUGCGGCUGGUGGAGCGGAUCGCAACUCUGUUCAUACGCUUCCUCGGUGUCAAGGGAAACAUGCGUCUGGGCCCCACAGCCUUCCGAACCUUCAUCAGGACCUGUAAACUGAGCAGCAGUAACUUCACCAUGGCGUCAGCGGACAUCUUCUACAUAGACAUCACACGUCGCUGGUCAGGAGCAACGACUGAUUCAAGAGAAGCAGGGAUGGGACUGCAAGCUUUUGUGGAAGCCUUUUUUUCACUGGCUGGUCGCAGGUUCAAAUCCCUGGUGCAGAGGGAGCAGGUACUGUCACUGCUAGUGCUGUGCGAGGCUCAGCUCGAGUCCCAGUCAGGAGGCGAAGACAGACGCUCGGUGAGCUGCAGCCGAGCGCUGCCACGAGCCGUCAAGACUCAGACACUCGGCAACCCUCAGCUCGGCUCCCCGGCUCCCCUCCGAAGGGCGGCCAGCCAGGACUACCGGCUACAUCAAAGACUCAAGCCUCGCACACUCAGGGCCAACGUGGAAAACUGACGAGAGAGAGCUUCAGCUCGUCAUCCAACUCCCAAACACCGCCUCUAGCCUUCUCCGCAGGAGCACGGAAAUUAGGCGUCCAACUGUCGUCAGCCGCUCCCGCAAGGGUGGGAUGAUGGGAGCCGAAAAAACGACUUGCUUGACCCCUGCUGGCUGACUUGCAGGAGGACUGUUCUCAGCCUGAUUGCUUUUUCCUCAGAGGGAGAAGAUGUCUGCAGGGGUUUUGCAGUGGAAAUAGAACGAGGGAUGUGAGGAGGUCGGUGCAUUUCUCUCUCCCCUCCUGGUGAGAUCGUAUAUGAAGAGUGGUCCGGUCAGGAGGGGGAUAUGGCUGCUUUUAAUGUUCUUACUGAUUCUACAGGGCAGCUACUCGCUUCCCCUCACCGCCGUUUGGUCAAACACACACACUGCGAACAGGAAACAGGAAGAACACUAGAUGCCCCACUUCAAUAGAUUAACACACAUCACACUUCAGUGAAUACAUAGGUGUAAGGGAGUGUCCUUAGUACGUGGAUUAUGUUCUUGAAUUUGCACAAAAAAUCUUUGAACUGUUACAUUUGCACAGAAAUGGAUGAGGGUGACUGAUGCGUGCGUGCGUGCGUGCGUGUGUGUGUGUGUGUUAGCCCAUUAGAGAUGAGUUAAGAGAAUAAUUAUUCAAAGGGAAAAGGCCACGUCACCACUCAUCCUGUGGAACCUCAGACCUUCAGAGAACAUGUUCCUUUAAGACGACUUCUCAUGGGGACGUCACUUUCUCAUUAGUAACUUCACAGAAUUAUAUUUCACACUUUAAACAGACGCAUUUUUUUUCAAGUGUCCGACAGCUUUUGUAAAAAAACACCUUGUCCAAAGUGAGAUGUGGCUGUCAGUUACACGAUGCCAACCAGAGAGGGCGCUGUUGCUUCAAAUUAUAAUCACUACAGGUACAGUUCAAAUAUUAAUGUUCAGUGUUUGUUUCUCAGAUUACUCACUUGUCACAUCCUGACUAAGAAUUAUUCGUGCUGUGUUACAAACAAAGACUGUAAAUAAAGAUAGACAAAGCAUCUCCACUUCCGCACUUAGAAUUGAAGCCAAAAUAUCCAGGAUACGAACGCUGCCAUCUUGCGCAGUUGGAGUCAGAGUCCAGCCCAUUAGUGAUCGUGGUAUCGAGGUCCAGUCAAUGCGCACGUUAAACCAAUAAUGAGUCUCAUCUGUCAAUCAGGAUGUUUCAGCCUGUUUUUAUCAAAUCAAAUACGUGAUUAAAACCAACACUUGAAUAUAA